UGGAAAAAAGGAGGAGCCUGCAACUACACAUCAGAGCCCUUUAGUGCAUAAAUUGAGGCUACUUAAGGAUAACUCUAAAGCAAAGUUAUACCAGGUGCUACCUUUAGUGAUCAAACGGAAAACCCGUUGUUUCCUUAAGGUGAACAGUCAAGGAUAUAGCAAAUUAAAGUUUCUUUCUGACAGAAGGAAUGGAAGAACAAUCCGCCAUCUUAGCUGCCAAGAAUGCAGUGCUGAUGCAAAGCACAGCCCUUCCAGAUGACAUCCCCCAUAUCAAGGGCUAUGACUUCAACCAAGGAGUGGACCACCGAGCACUGCUCCAGUCCUUCCUCACCACAGGCUUCCAGGCUAGCAGCGUGGGUCAGGCCAUACAGGAGAUCAACAAGAUGAUUGAGAAACGUCUGGAGCCAGUUGAGGAACAGGAAGCAUGUGACCCCUCAGACUCCUCCCCUUCCCACUCUGGUUGUACCAUCUUCCUGGGGUACACCUCCAACCUCAUCAGCUCUGGAGUGAGAGAAUCCAUACGCUAUCUGGCACAGCACAGAAUGGUGGACGUGAUAGUGACUACAGCUGGGGGAGUUGAAGAGGAUUUCAUCAAGUGUCUGGCCCCCACCUACCUGGGGGAGUUCAGCCUGUCAGGCAAGGAGCUGAGACAGAAAGGCAUCAACAGGAUAGGUAACCUCCUGGUACCUAAUGACAACUAUUGUAAAUUUGAGGACUGGCUAAUGCCCAUCCUGGACAAGAUGGUGCAAGAGCAGAAAGAUGAGGGUACCCACUGGACUCCGUCCAAGAUGAUUCAUCGUCUAGGCAAGGAGAUCAACAACCCAGAGUCAGUAUACUACUGGGCUUACAAGAAUGACAUUCCGGUGUUCAGCCCUGCCCUUACGGAUGGCUCAAUAGGAGACAUGAUCUAUUUCCACUCCCAUAAAAACCCUGGACUUAUAUUGGAUAUAGUGGAGGAUAUCCGUAGGAUGGACAGCAAAGCAGUGUUUGCUAAGCGAACAGGGAUGAUCAUUCUGGGAGGGGGGCUGGUCAAACACCAUAUUGCCAAUGCCAAUCUCAUGAGAAAUGGAGCGGACUACGCAGUGUUUGUGAACACGGGGCAGGAGUUUGAUGGUUCUGACUCAGGUGCCAGACCGGAUGAGGCAGUGUCUUGGGGGAAGAUCCGCAUGGAUGCCAAGCCAGUCAAGGUCUAUGCUGAUGCUUCCAUAAUCUUUCCACUGCUGGUAGCUGAGACAUUUGCCUUCCAUGCUGAUAAGCUGAUUCCUGAGAAGACACAAAAUUUUUCCAACUGAACACUUGAUGGGUCACUCACUAACUUCUUUGUUUUAUGCAUUUAGUCAACAUGUUAUUUGCUGACUAUUCUCUAUAUUAUUUCAGGUACAUUGGUUCACCUCAAUCACAGUAUUUAAUAGAAUAUCAUAAUGUACAUAUACUUGUGUUUUGUUUACCUAAACAUGUCAUGUUCAUUUGUCGCUAAGCUUUAGUGUUGCAUUUGGAAAAUGACCAGGUGUACCAAAAGUUGUACCAAAUCCACAGAUCCACAGGUAAUUCAAGGUUUAAAGUGGUGAAUGUU